AUGCUCUUUACGGUAUCCGAUCUGAAGACCAUUCUACUCCCCGUAUCAGCCUUCGCAUGCGCGACAGCCCCUAUCCACUCCUUCGACCGGCUCCUCCACGCCCUCAUUUGGAUUUGGAUCCACCAAUUAAUGUGCAACGUCUCCAACCAGGCCCGGACGCGCCUGGAGGAUGCCAUCAACAAACCAUGGCGUCCGCUCCCUUCGGGACGCAUUAGCGAACCUCAAGCCCUUGUGCUUCGCUGGGUGACAGUCGGCGCCGCAUUCAGCUGCUCUGCCAUACAUGGCGGCGAUCUCAUGCUCACCACUUUCUGUCUCUUUCUCACCACAUUCGCAUACGACGAGCUCGGUCUUGCCGGGCAUCAUAUCGCCAAAAGUGUUUGCAACAUUGGCGGCUACACCACGUUUGAAAUUGGGGCGACGAAGCUAAUGGGAGCAACGCACGAUCUAGACAACGUAUCAGUCACCGCAGUGUGCAUCAGCGGCGCUCUGAUCUUCACCACUAUCCAGGCUCAGGAUUUUGCUGACGUUGAAGGCGAUGCUAUUUUGGGACGCAAGACGUUCCCUAUCUACGCCCCAGAGCUAUGCCGUAUUGCGACAGUCAUCGCAAUGAGCGUAUGGUCUCUGUUCCUAGUCUCGUUCUGGGGCAUUGGAACUGUGUCAGGGGCCACAUUUGUCGUCUUCGGGAGCUUCGUCGGAAGCCGGUAUUACUUCCUCCGGAGACCCGACGACGACAAAUUGUCCUACCUCCUAUACAACAUUUGGUUAACCAUGGUGCAUAUCAUGCCGAACCAUGCGCGCACGCAGUUGUUCGCAUACUAG